UAUAUAUAUAUAUAUAUCUUCAUUCAUUCCCCCUAUUAUUCUCUCCCUUCUUUCCUUUAUUAUCUCAUUAACAAGGUUUGAUUAAGAAAUCAUGGGUUCUGAGAAGUUUGUUAAGUCUAAUUUUACACAAACAUGCACUCGUUUUAGCCAGUUUUUGAAAGAGAGGAGGUCUUUUGGUCAUCUUGAUGCUUUUAAGACUCUUGCUUCGUCCGACCUUGAUGUCAAAGGAGCUGGAGCCAAAGAGGUAACAAAUGCUGCAACAAAUAAUGUAUUUCCAAAGAAUAUUGAGAAGGAGAAGAUGUCUUUGGAGCUCUUUCCUAUGAUGAGUUCAUUGACCGCUGCUAAUGGUGCUGAAAACUCUACCAAAAUUAUGGCUGAUUCCAGAGAAUCGCCAAUUUCAAAAGAGGAGCCUAAGAUUUCUACUAGUACACCAAGCAUGACCAUAUUUUAUGGUGGAAGAGUACUUGUUUUUAAUGAUUUGCCUGAGGACAAGGCUCAAGAAAUCGUGUCUCUUGCUAAAAAUGGAAUGAUGGGUCCUCGAUCCCAAGCCCAGACUCAGACUCAGGCUCAUAACGAAUCACAAACCCCUCGUGCUAUCAAUGAUGUGCUAGCACAAGAUGUGGCCACUCAAGGAGUGGGUAACUUGUCCGAUUUGCCUAUGGCAAGGAGAGUCUCCCUUCACCGGUUCAUGGAGAAGAGGAAGCACAGGGUCGCCGCUAAUGCACCUUACCAAAUUCGAAACUCAAUGGCUGAUGAUUCUCAUCCUCAAAAAUUCGGCUCAAUGAAAAGUUUGUAUGAUCAACAACUUGAGUUAAAGUUGUAGACUUCAAAAGUUUGUGUUCAUCUAUCAUGUCUUAAUUAAGUAGUUAAAGACCAAUUAUAUGUAAAAAAUUAAUUUCUUAGUUUGUCAUAUGUUGAUUUGAAGAAGUGAUUUAUCUUAUACUCACUUCAUACUCAUUAGCUAGGUACGUUGUAUAAUUUUCCAUAUUCCUUGAUCUAAAUAUUAUAUUUAUUCAUACUAUUUAUUACUGAA